UAAUAAUGUGGAAUAUGUCAACAAACACAACAGUAAUAAGUGUUUUCUUAAUUAUUCAUUUAGAAUUAUUUAUUGUUGAUUUGUUGCCAAUCCAUACAAAUAAUAUUACAAUACAACUUUAUCGACCUAAACGUUGGGCCUAUUAUGAAAUACAUAAAUGUGGUCGUAUUAAAGGAUAUAGUUGUUUAGAACAUCGUCAUUGUUAUGAACGUUAUCUACGUCAUGAUAUGGUUUGUUUUGAAGUUUAUCCAUGUUUAAGUUCAUGUAUAUUCAUUGCUCAGUUAUAUGACUAUGAGAAAUUUGCACAACAAGUUGAACGCUUAAUGAUCAAGGGAAUACCAGUCAAUAAUCAUGAUGAUGCAGUAAAUUUUGUACGUGAAAAAACAAAGAAAUUAGCCAAAGAUUUAAAUAUGUCACUACCAUUAGGUGGAAUAUAACAGAAUAAGUUAGUUUUUAUUUUGUAUACAACCAGUGGAUGAAAUAUGGCACAAUUAAUAAGAGCGGAAUCAUUUAUUGAAGCUGUAAUUGACCAAUUUAAUAAUUCCUAACUAAUAAACAAUUUGUAUAAUUACAAAUCGUUUAUCUUUACUUGUGAACUUCAGAAAAUCUUUCCAUGUGUCAUAAUACACCCUGUAUUUGAUUUCAGUGUGUGUUUUUUAGAUGCUUAUACAAUGUUUUGCAUUUGUCUUAC